AUGAAGACACUACCCACACAAAGAAAACAAUGUCCUGCGCGCAUUACUGUGGUUAGAAGAGAAGAUAAAUGGAUGAUUAGCAGUGUGGUCCAUGAACACAAUCAUGACGUAAGUCCUUCCAAGUCAAGACUAAUUCGUGGGAAUAGGAAGUUGAAUAUGCAAGCCAAAAGAACCCUUGACAUAAAAGACGAAACGGGUGUGCGUAUUCACAAGAGCUUUCGUUCUUUGGUGUGUGAUGCAGGGGGGUUUGAGAACUUACAUUUUGUCGAAAGAGACACAAGAAACUAUAUUGGUCAACAACGACGCCCUUUAGGGAAGGAAGGUGACAUACAAGCUUUAUUAAACCACUUUUCCAGUAUGAGGGAGUUGAACAAAGACUUCUUUUUUGAAAUUGAUGUUGAUGCAGAUAAUCGCAUUAUCAAUAUAUUUUGGGCAGAUGGAAGGAGUCGGGCUGCAUGUGCAAAUUUUGGUGACAUUGUGUCCUUCGACACCACAUACUUAACUAAUAAGUAUGAUAUGCCUUUUGCACCAUUUGUAGGUGUUAAGCACCAUGGUCAAUCAAUCUUAUUAGGGUGUGGGCAUCUAUGUGCUGAAGACACUUGUACAUUUGUGUGGCUAUUUCAAAGUUGGUUGCGAUGCAGGGAAAAUAAAGCCCCACAAGGAAUUGUCACUGAUCAAUGCAAGGCCAUGCAAAAUGCCAUUGAAAUUAUCUUCCCCAACCCUCUUCUUCAUAAACAUCAUUUCCUUUAG